GGCAAGAGUACGUAGUCCCCCAAGAUCCCGUAAUGGCCCCCUCAACUACCGUCCCGUCCGUUACGGACAUCGAAGUCCCGGAGACCAUUCUCAAAAAGCGCAAGCAGAAUGAAAAGGCUCGGGAAGAGCGUCUUGCCUCUGCGGCUGCCGCCCGCAAGGCAGCCAAGGCCAAGCGUAAGGUUAUCUUCAAGCGCGCUGAGAAGUACGUGAAGGAAUACCUUACUGCCGAGAAGGAGGAGAUCCGCUUGAAGCGAGUUGCCCGCGCCGCGGGCAACUUUUACGUCCCCGCUCAGGCGAAAGUGUACUUCGUUGUCCGUAUCCGGGGUAUCAACGAGAUCGCCCCCAAGCCCCGCAAGAUUCUACAGCUUCUUCGGCUCCUGCAGAUCAACAACGGUGUUUUCGUUAAGGUCACUAGGGCCACAGAGCAGAUGCUCCGUCUUAUUGAGCCUUACAUCACUUAUGGCGAGCCUAACCUGAAGUCUGUCCGUGAACUCAUCUACAAGCGCGGCUACGGCAAGGUUAAUAAACAACGCAUCCCUCUCGCAAAUAAUUCAGUCAUUGAGGAGACACUCGGCAAAUAUGAUAUUCUAUCCAUUGAAGAUCUCGUUCACGAGAUCUUCACCGCCGGCCCCAACUUCAAGCAGGUCAGCAACUUCCUUUGGCCGUUCAAGCUCUCCAACCCUACCGGUGGCUGGAGGACACGGAAGUUCAAACACUUCAUCGGUGGUGGUGACUUCGGUAACCGAGAAACCAACAUUAACAAGCUCAUCCGCCAGAUGAACUAAGUUGGCUAGCACUCGAACCUGGUCUUCUGUACGCUAGGAGAGAUUGGCUCGCAUUUUUAUGUGAGCGAUGGGACAUUGUGUCGCAGGGCCGCACGUCUGGGAGGGAGGACGCCCGGCACGCACCGCUGUCUUUCUCUAUUGUUCGUCUUACCUGUAUGCCCCGUAUGAUAAAACGAGUUGCUGUGCAUGCCAUCUCUUCACUUUGCUUUAAAUUGUA